AUGCGCUUGAAGGAAUUUGAAAAGAGUAACACAAGAAGAGGGAAUUUGAAAAGAGUUACACAAGAAGAAGGUAUUGAAAAGAGUAACACAGAAGAAGGUAUUGAAAAGAGUAACACAGAAGAAGGUAUUGAAAAGAGUAACACAGAAGAAGGUAUUGAAAAGAGUAACACAGAAGAAGGUAUUGAAAAGAGUAACACAGAAGAAGGUAUUGAAAAGAGUUACACAGAAGAAGGUAUUGAAAAGAGUUACACAGAAGAAGGUAUUGAAAAGAGUUACACAGAAGAAGGUAUUGAAAAGAGUUACACAGAAGAAGGUAUUGAAAAGAGUAACACAGAAGAAGGUAUUGAAAAGAGUAACACAGAAGAAGGUAUUGAAAAGAGUUACACAGAAGAAGGUAUUGAAAGAGUUACACAGAAGAAGGUAUUGAAAAGAGUUACACAGAAGAAGGUAUUGAAAAGAGUUACACAGAAGAAGGUAUUGAAAAGAGUAACACAGAAGAAGGUAUUGAAAAGAGUUACACAGAAGAAGGUAUUGAAAAGAGUUACACAGAAGAAGGUAUUGAAAAGAGUUACACAGAAGAAGGUAUUGAAAAGAGUUACACAGAAGAAGGUAUUGAAAAGAGUUAGACAGAAGAAGGUAUUGAAAAGAGUAACACAAGAAGAAGGAAUUUGAAGAGAAAUAACACAAGAAGAAGAAAUGUGAAGUAACACCGGAAGGAAAAUGCAGAGAAGUAACACUAGAAAAAUGAAAAUGGAAAUGAAAAGAAUCAUCCACCUUUCGGCCCAAACCAACAUCACAAAAUUAUGGGCGAGUCUCUUCUGGGAGGAAAGCGGCUCGUUCAGACCCAGGAACACCAGAAAGGAUGAUAGAAACAUCAAGAAAAGGAAAACAAGA